AUGGACGCCCGGCCGACCACGGCAGACUCGAAACAUCAUUACCCUCCGCACCUGCAACUUUGGAACCGUUCCAUCUCUAGUCCGGCUGUUCCAAAGCUCAGUACCUUGAACCUGCACACGAGCGCCGUCUCGGUGUCCGUCACAGACACAACGACUACAGUGCGACCAGAACAGCAGCCGACGCAGUCAACGCAGACGCAACCGCAGCCGUCCUCCCCCUUUCCUACGCACAUCGACCUCCUCCCCAUCCUCUUCCCGCAGCAGUCUUCGCUGUACCACGCUCAACUCCUCCAGUACAAUAAGCUCAUCGCGCCGGCACGUGGACGCGGCGGGGGACUGCAGACGCCCCCCUUACCGCCGCUUCUGUCGACCCCGAACGUUCAUACUGGCCCUCGAUCACGAUCUUCAUCCAAAGUGUCUAACAAGGACGUGCCCCGCGCCAAACCCGGCACGCAAAAUUGCCAUGGGAAUAGAGGCUCGCAGACCAAUACAACGAGUAAAGGUGACAGAGCUGUUAUAACAGCGAAGGAUAAGAUGCCUCCGUCCAAGAAGGGCACAGGACCGGAUCCAGCCCAUCCCCUUCCGUCUCGCCCGGCGCCAGUUUCGACCUCACCGGCAAGUCUCUCGGCCGCCGCCACGCAGCAGGCCCACUCAAACUCGGUCCCCUCAACUCCGCAUCAGCAUCCUAGGACGUUCUCGUUCGAGUCGAGAGAGCCAUCCCCGAAUGCGAACCAGGGGCAUUCCCCUCGCUCUGCUUACUCGGAGACCAACGGCAACGUUCCAUCCCUCAGACCAUUACCACCGAGGAUGGGUGGCUGCAAAUACGAGACGGCUACGGCGAGCUAUAGGCGGAGAAUGGCAUAUAGUAUAGGGGACGCCAUGCUUGAAAAGUCGGAUCUCACAAAGAUAUCGAAUAAGAUGACCGAGGAUGACGAGAGGAAGCUGACCACAGACAUGCGCGAGCUCUACGACCGGUUAAAGCCUACAAGCGCCGUGGAGGAGAAGCGACACAAACUGGUGCAGAAGCUGGAAAAAAUCUUGAACGAUGCCUGGCCCGGCUGCGAUAUUCGUGUCCAUCUCUUUGGGUCAUCUGGCAACAAGCUGUGCACAGAUGACUCUGACGUGGACAUAUGCAUCACAACCCCGUGGACCGAGCUCGAGAAGGUCUGCAAACUUGCAGAGCUUCUUGCUAAUAGUGGUAUGCAAAAGGUUGUGUGUGUCAGUUCUGCCAAGGUCCCUAUCGUCAAGAUCUGGGAUCCUGAAUUACAGCUCGCCUGUGAUAUGAACGUCAACAACACGUUGGCCUUGGAGAAUACACGGAUGAUACGGACUUACGUUGACAUUGAUGAGCGCGUAAGGCCGCUGGCCAUGAUCAUCAAAUACUGGACUCGCCGAAGGAUUAUCAACGAUGCUGCAUUCGGAGGUACUUUGAGCUCCUACACCUGGAUAUGUAUGAUUAUUGCAUUUCUUCAACUACGGCAGCCGCCCGUCGUUCCUGCACUGCACCAAAAGGCCCACCAAAAGUCAACACGAAAAGAUGGAGACAUUGCACCGUUCGCUGACGACCUGGACAAGCUGAGUGGCUUUGGAUCGAAGAACAAGGCUACCUGGGGGGAGCUUCUCUUCCAAUUCUUCCGCUAUUAUGCGCAUGAGUUUAACUACAGCGAUGAUGCGAUAUCAGUCAGACUUGGCAAGGUCAUGUCCAAGAGAGAUAGAAAGAACUGGAUACUUGCCACCAAUAACCGCCUCUGCGUCGAAGAGCCUUUUAACACGAUACGGAACCUCGGCAAUACGGCGGACGAUACUUCGUUCAGGGGGAUUCACCAAGAGCUACGCCGCGCAUUCGAUUUGAUUUCACAGGGCAAGCUGGAAGAGUGUUGCGAGCAGUAUGUGUUUCCGAAGGAAGAAGAGAAGGCCACCAUCUUCCAGAAGCCCACUCCUCGACCUGCGGUCCUGAUGAGAAGUGCCUCGCAGCAGCACAACAAUCGUGGAGGCCGUGGAGGUGCCAGGGGAGGAAGGCAACAAGGACAGUUCCGGAAUAACAACAGCAACCAUGGAAAUAAUCGCAGAGCUUCAUCCAGCACACCAUACGACAACAACGGGAACAUAGCGUUUUACCAAGGCUAUCCCUGGGUCACUCCAGACGGGACAAUGUUUGUGGACAUGAACCAACAGCUGUCGGCCCUGCAGCUGCAGCAUGAGAAUAACCUUCGAUUGUUGCAGUACACCCAGAAUCAGGCUCUGGUGCAGCAGCAGGCCCUUGCCCACGCUCAACGGAUGCAAGGCAACCUCUCCCAGCCAGGAACGUCGACAGAGAGAUCUAGGACAAACUCGAUCGACAACCCCCCUCUGACUGCCCCGAUUCGCCCGGAGAUGUGGUACUGGCCACAAUUCCAGGGCCAGCCCUACUUCGCAACACCUCAGAGCUUCACUUCCUAUCCGUCGUCGCCGUCGACCAACCAGGCGAAUGACCAACGUCGCAGCUCUCAUAGAUCAACAGCGCCGAACGAAGCUGGCGCAGCAGCGUCGGGUAGUUCCUUGCGAUCUCAGUCGCAGCCUGCUUCUCGGCCCGUCCCUGUCGCACAGAGUAUACCAGGGUACUCUGGGCAGAAUUCUAUGGCCAACGGCAUUGCCACCGUACCCACAAGACAGCUUAAUGGAAGGGCCAUCCCCAGCUUCAUGCCGGACGAGGUAAACGAACCCGAUCAAGAGCCGAGCCCGAGUCAUACACCACCGGGUGACGACAAGGCCUACGGCACCCACCUUGAACCUUCGAACAGCCCGGCACGUAGCGCCAGUAGCAUUGCCGCCGGCGUGCCAGCCUUUGGGGAUAUUGGACUGCAAGCCUCGAGCCAGAGCAAUCCAAGUCGGCGUCGAUUAUCAUCCGAUCUCCAGCAGUCAAUUCUGGACCGAAUUAAGCGAACAUCACGGUCGCCAUCUCCGCUAGGUCAUAACAGGACUUACUCGGUAGGCACUGGUUCGGCCCCUUCAGCAGCAUCGGCCACUUUGCCUCAGGGGAAUAAUCGUACCACGCAAGACAGCAAGCCCUUGGUUGUGAACGGGUCGGUUACUAAGCCGGGAAGCUCUACCUCGAUGCGGCAGUCGUCAGUGAACGAGCCUGCAAGCUUUCCAAUGCCUGCUUACGAUAACCCGCUUUAUAUCAAUCAUCUGGUCAACGGAAACGGUGUUGAGGGCGAUGCGCCAAUAUCCCAAAUGUAUUUGCCUGCAAAGUCCGAUAACACUAUUUCCGACCGCCCCCUCGUCGUAAACGGAUCGAAUAAUGGGAGCAGCCCGACCAAUCAAUCUGUCCCUCGGUAUGGAAGUGAUGGUGGUGUCUUGCCAGCAAAUGGAACUGCCGGAGGGCUCUGUUUUUCUCCGAUUACAACAGUACCAGCUUCACGCAAUUUCCCUCCGGCAUUUCAGAGAGGGUUUGUACCGAGCUCACCUCAUAGCCCGCUGAUAGCCCAACUCGACCUGGCAACUGAGCGCAUGCACUCAACAGACCCGCAACAUCUCUCACCAAUCACAGAGGCCACGCCGUCUCCAACCGCAAAUCGUAAAUUUGACCUUCCUACUACCGUUCCGCGAAACCGUCCCAGCAAUUCGGUCGUCACAUCAGGGCUCAGCAAGGGCACAAAGCCAGAGUUGAAGCCGAAGCAGAGAUUGCCUGCUGAUGCAGAGCCAGCCAAAACGGAAACAGCCCACGCGGCAAACUCGAAAUCCAAUGGGCCUGCUCGAGAAAAUGGACACACCAGGGGCGCCAAGAGUGAGAGCGACAACAACAUUUCGAGCGGCUGGCAGAAGAUUGGCAAAAGCAGGAAAAAGGCCGUGGACGGGAAAAGCAAAGACAACUAUUUCCCUCAGAGCGAGCAACUGCCCAAGAACGAAUCUGAGAGGAAAGGAGGUUGA